GCACGCGCACACAGUGGGCGCGCGCGGCUGUCCCCCCCCCCCAACCUCGCAAUCCGGGCCCGGCCGCGGCUCCCGGAGCGGUUGCCAUGGAAACGGCGGGAAGCAACGCGCGGCGCGCGGGGCGCUUCAUCCCGGCCAGGUGGGCCGAAGCUGCGCAGCUUUUUGCCUUGUGACAUGCAGAGGUCUGUGCGAUGAGGAGAGGCCAGCCACAGAAAACAUCCCUUGGGAAUCCACAGAUGUCUCCGUCCCGUGCUCGGAGUCCAAAGUCUCCUGCAAGUGCCCGUAGCAGGUCAUCGUCUCCGCUGAACAGAGAAGGGAUCCACCAGCCAACUGGGCGAAGCUAUCAAGGAGAGGUAGAUCAAGAAAGCGAUACAGAUGGCAGUCCAGGUAUCCGGUACAUAACAGAGCCUCUUAUUAAGAAGCUGACCAAGCAAGAGAAUCUGGCGCGCGUAACUGCUCUGAAUCUUUCUCUCAGUAAAGAUGGAGGGAAAAAAUUUAAGUACAUAGAAAAUCUGGAGAAAUGCAGUAAACUGGAAGUCCUAAACCUCAGUCAUAAUCUGAUCGAAAAGAUCGAAAAAUUGGAUAAACUUCUGAAGCUAUUAGAUCUCAACCUCUCUUUCAACAGAAUAAGUAAAAUAGAAGGUAUUGAACAUUUACACAGUCUUCAAAAGCUGAAUCUGGCUGGGAAUGAGAUUGAACACCUCCCUGUGUGGCUGGGGAAAAAACUCCGGUCCCUUCGCAUCCUGAAUUUAAGAAAAAAUAAAAUCUCAUCACUCCAUGAAAUAGCCAAACUGAAGCCUCUUAAAGAUUUGACUUCUCUGUUGCUGGCAGACAACCCAGUGGUCAACCUGCCUCACUAUCGUCUCUAUACCAUCUUCCAUCUGAGGUCAUUGGAGGAUCUGGAGGGGCAGCCGGUGACAAAUUGUGACAGGGAAGAAGCCCUUGAAAGAUUUAAUUUAGAAGAGAUAGAACACCUAGAACAUAACUUGGAACAGAUGACCAAGGAGAUAGAACACUUGCAAAACAAACAGUCUGAUUUGCUAGAGCAGAUCCAUCAACAAGAGGAGCAGAAUAAAUCCUUAAAACAGAAGCAAGACCAGCAGAAACAGAACCACAAAGACCUGGAGAGUGAGCUGGAAACCAAAAAUGAGUUGCUGAAGCAGAAAACCGUGGAACUGACUCGAGCUUGUCAGAAGCAGUAUGAGCUGGAACAAGAACUGGCCUUCUAUAAAAUUGAUGCCAAAUUCGAGCCGUUGGGCUAUUAUCCCAUGGAGGAUGUCGAAUUUGACAACGUACCGGGCGAAAGUCCGUACAUCGGCAAGGCCAGGUACAAAAGGAACAUGUUUGCUGUGGAAGGUUACAUCCCCAGAAAGGCUCAGCAGAUGCAGAUGGGAAACUUGGAACAGGAAGAAGAAACCCAGCAGCUGAAGCAGAAUCUUCUUCAGUCGCUCGAUAAACAGCUUGAGGAAAAAGAGAGGAAGAUUAAAGAAGCCCAGGAACAAUUGGCCACACUGCACAAUGAAGUUGCAAAGGCAGAGCAGCAGGUCUUAACAGUCACUGAGGAGCUUAAACAAGUCCAAGAUGCUGUUGGGCAGAAAAAGACAUCUGAAGCAGAAAAAGAUUGUUUUCGGCACCAGCUAAGCAACAAGAUACGUCUUCUACAUCAUUUACAAGAGGAGGCUCUGGAACUAGAGAGACAGAUGCAAAAACAGCGCCAAGAAAUGGUGGAAAAGGAAAAAGAGCUAGAAGGCUUGCAAAGUUUCCUAGAUUCUCUGGAUCCUAAAGACCCAAGACAUGCUCAUAUGAAGGCCCAGAAAUCCAGCAAAGAACAGCAACUCGACAUGAUGAGGAGGCAUUAUAAGCAACUGGAAAGCCGCCUGGAUGACGUGCUGUCCCGGAUCGCAAAUGAAACCGAGGAAAUCCGGGAUUUGGAGCAACAGCUUACAGAUGGCCAGAUUGCAGCCAACGAAGCCCUGAAAAAAGACUUGGAAGAAGUGAUCCUAGGAUUACAGGAAUACCUCAAGAACGUUAAGACUCAGACGAAGCAAGCCACCGACGAGUGCAAAGAGCUGCGGCAGGAGAAGGAAAGUUUGUUGAAAAAAUUGGGGGAAGUAGAGGAAGAGAGGAACCAGUUGGAAAUAGUGGCCAUCGAUGCUGAAAACCUGAGAAAAGAAACUGCGAACCUGGAACGGGCUCUCCAACAGCAGCGUGAACUCAACAAGGCCUUGCAGGAAGCCCAAGGAGAAAUCAGCGCUUACGAGGCUGAGCUGGAAGCUGAGCUGAAGGCCCGAGACACUGAAGCCAGCCAGCAGAAAGAAGAGCUUGAGAAGUUAAAGCAGAUUAUUCAGGUGGAACAGUCUGCCCUCCACGCUCAGCUUGGCAAGGAGAGGCUAGCCCUGGAGAAUGCCUUGGCCAAAGCACGCUUGUGCGAAGAGAGGGAACAGGAAAAUAAUCAGCUGCUUUCCCAACUCAACCAGCUGCAGAAGGACAACCAUCUCUUGAGGCAGCAGCUGAAAGACACACAGGAGCAAAUGAAUCACGCAGCCGAUAGCUUAAUUCAUCCCGAGGAAAUCUCAGCUCGUGUGAACGAACUCAAACAAAAGCUGCGGACUGGGGCAGAAAUCAGGUGCCAUAACCCGAAGGACAUUUUAGGGAAGAGCUUUGCCGAGCUGCAGAAACAGUUUGCUGAGCUCUUAGCUCGUUCCCAGCAAGAAAAUGAGUCUGUCCAGGCCAGAGAGAGAGAGCUCCAAAAACAGAUGGCUACUCAGCGGGCUGAGCUGGAAGAAGCCCAAGAAAAGUAUAAACUGGCCUGCAACAGAGCUGCAGAAGCCAAAAUUAAAUCUGAGAGAAGGCAGAAUGAAGCCAGAGUUCAGCAGCUAGAGGGGGACAUCCAACAUCUCGUUGAAAAAUUGAAGAGCCUGGAAGAAAUUCAGGGCCUCACCGAUCAACAGCUCCAAGAAGCCGAUGAGGAGAAAGAACAGAUCCUUGCUGAGCUGGAAGACUUAGAGAAUAAGAAAAAAGUGGAAGACGCGAGGGCCCAGCUGCAGUUCCACAGCCUCAGCAAGGAGCUGAAGGCCUUAAAAGAAGCCAUUUCCGCUUCCGAUAAGCAGGCCACCGCCCAACUCUGCGCAGCCAAAGACCAGCUCCAGUCGCUUCACGGAACCGUCUGCAAGAUUAAUCAGGAACGUACCGAGGAGCUUCAGGAGGCCGAGAGGUUUUGCCUGCAGGCCACCCAAGCGGCUAAGGACCUGGCCAGAGCAGAAACAGAAAUAGGACUUUUGCAGAAGCUUCUCAAAGAAAAGGAGGCGCAGUUAGAACUGGGGAAAAACGACGCCGAGAUGGCGGCUUCACGGUUGCAAAAGGAAGAGUUGGAGAAGCUGAGCGAACUUCUGAAACGGCAGAAAGCAGAAACUGACCGACUCCGCGGAGCCUUAGACCAGGUUAAAAAAGGCAACAGGGCUGAAAUGGACGGCCUCCUGGAGGAAAUUGAAGGACUCCAAUGUACCAUCUCUCAGCAGAACGAGACCAUCGCUAACUUCGUGACUCCACCCCACCGGUGUCAGCCUCUGUUCUUCGUGCCGUCAUCCUCCCAAGCAUCUACUCCUGCAUCUCAGAGCACCAAAGAUUCCGGCAUUAUUUUACAGUGUCCCAUGUCGACUCCCAUCCUCAAACAGGACAGGAAGCUUGCCGAAAGCAAGAAAGCACAUUAUCCUGCUUCAAGAGAGUGCUGCAUGCACAACUCAGCCCAAGCUGGCCUGCAGGAACCUUCCUCUAUCAGGCACCAUGGCGAGGGUGAAACCCUGCCCAGCACUGCUCCUUGUGUUCUGCCUCCUGGAUGCAUCAUUUAUACCCUGCUGCCGGAUGGCAAACCAGUGCCUCAGGGGACGGUGUUGUACGGUCUACAACCUCUCUCCACACAAGCCAGCGGAGGCCCAGUUGCUCCCACGACAGUCGUCUACGGCUCACCUCCCGCUGGAAUCCAGCUGCAUUAUGGUUUUCUUCCCGCUAACUAUUCCGUGCCAUUGCUUCCCCUGGGAAUCCUUCACUGCAACAUCCCCGACCACCGAGACUUGGAAAACGAUAUCUUAAGGCUAGAAGACAGCAUAGAGGCGCUGAGGUCUCAGCGACACCAAGAUGGGUCCGCAAGGACUUCUCGUGAACCCAAUAACGAGACGGAAGAGCUGAACCAGGGCAUACAGGACUUGUUGACGGAGAAAGAAGAGCUUGAAUACCAAGUGGCAGAGCUGCGGCGGGUAGCCCAGAAGAGAUAUAAGCGCAGAGAUUUUAUUGAAGGGUGUGGGGACGCUCUGACUGCAGAGCUGGAAUUGGAAGAGUCGAUCCAGUGCCAUGAAAAUAUCAUGGACGAAAUUGAAUGCGUGGAAAAGACGCUUCUGAAGCGACGGGCAGAACUCAGGGAGGCAGACUGUCUUCUGGCCGAAGCUGAAACCGAGCUCGAAAACACCAGAGGAAAGACCAAAGACACUCUUCAGAAAUACAACACUGCUAAGCAACAUUUGUCUCGGAUAGAGAAAGACGCUGAGGAGCUGGAACGACGGGCCCGGGAGACGGCUGUGAGGCUUGUAAAAGCAGAUCAGGAGUUCAGGUUGCUUCAAGCAGAUUCCCAGGAUUUGGAACAGCACAAGAUGGAGCAAGAAGGAAUCCUGAAAGAAAUCAACCAAAUUGUAUCGGCGAAAGAUUCCGAAUUUCAAGUCUUGAGCCAGAAGAUAGAAAUAUUGACUGAGAGCCUUCAGAAGCUGCAAACAGACAUCCAAGUUGCAGGAGGCAAUGAAGAUCACCACCUUCAGAUCCUGAAAGAAGCAGAGAACAUCCUUCUGAGCAAAAAACAUGAUCUGGAGAGAUUGAAAGAUCAGACUUCCGUUCAGCAGCACGAGUUACACGUGGUGGGCAGAUUGCUUGAUCAGAAAAGGGCCGAGUUACGCCUCCUCCAGGACAGCGUUGCUGAGAAAAACGCCAACUUUGCAGAAGCUCUCAGGGAUGGAGAGGCAGAGAUAACUGAAAAACAGCAGCUAAUAAAGGAAAUGAAGACUUUUCUAGAAGACCUGAGCGUUCAGAAGGGAGAACUCAAUGCCCAGCUCAGUGAGAAAAGAUCCCAGCUUUCUCUCGUAAUGCAGAAUAUCCGAAAAGAAGAAACAAAGCUACAGGAUAUCUUGGGGCUGAUAAAGCAGCAUAAGACAGAACUGAAGCACAUGCUGGAAACGGCCCAUCUGGGAAAAGAGGAUCUCGAAAGCCUGAAAUUUCAGCAUAACCAAAAGACAAAUGAGUUGGACAAAAUUGAAAGAUUGAUUCUGGAGGAGAAGCUGGAACUGGAGAAUCUCCAGCAAGCAUCCCAGCGCCAGCGAGGGGAGGUGGAGCAUCAGAGGCAGCUUCUCCAGGAGGCUCAGCGGGAAGCCGAGCGGCUGACCUCUCAGCUCCAUCUUCUGCAGAACCACGUCAAGGCCCUGAGUGAUGAGAAGCGACAGCUGGAGGCCAGGUGUGAAAGCCUGGAGGACAAAUUCACCCAGAGCAAAAGAACCUUAGCCUCCACAGAAGGUAACAAUAAAAAUAUCCUUGCCAGCACGGAGAAGUCUGUACUGGAUUUCCAAAAACUGCAGUUUGAAAUCGACGAGCUUCACAACCAGAAAAUAGCUCUGAAUAAAGAUAUUGCUGAGCUGCAGAAGCAUUUGCACGGAAAAAAGGAGGAAUUGGACGUUUUGAAGAUGGAACUGAACGACGCCAGGCGUUAUCUUCAGCUGUUGGAGCAAGACGUGAAAGAGGCCGCCAAAGAAAAGCAGGAGCUUCUCCAAGAACAGGAAGUCCUCAAAGACACCCUCCACGAGUCUUCCAGGAAGUGUAAGGAGAUCCAAGAAGCCCAGAGGGAAAAGGAAAACCAGCUACACCAAGUCCUCAAGGAGCUUCAGGAACAGGAGCUGAAACAGGCCAAACAAGAGACGGUCCUUCAACGUCUCGGGGAAGACAUCCUGCACGAAGAAAGAAAGUUGGCAGAAUGCGCAGACAAACUGAGGACCCAGAAUCAGCAGCUGGAACAAGAGCUGGUAGAGCAGCAGGGUCACCUGGCGCAAGCUGUGGCCAAGGUCCAAGAGAUGGAAGAACGGAUCCGGAAGCUCCAGAAGGAGGGGUCCCACAUUUCAGCUCUUGAAGAAAAACUCCACAAAGCCAGGCAUCAGCUCUCCGAAAAAGAACAGAAGCUUCAGGAAAAGAUGGGGGAGAUUUCCUGCCUUCAGAGAGAACUCCACCUCUCCAGAGCCGAGGAGAGGCUGCUCCAAGAUCGGCUCCAAGCAGACCAUCUCAAAGCAGAGAAGCAAAUUGCAACCUUGAAGGACACCAUCAAGGCUCAAAGGGACCAGCUUGAAAGAGCCCUCCAAGAACAGAAGCAAGAAAACUACGGCUUGCAGCGAGAAAUAACCUCACUGGAACAAGUGGCCCGAGAGAAUCACCAGCGGGCCAAGCGGUUGAUGAGGGACCUUGGCCGGAUCCAAGAAGAGCACGCACAACUCAAGUCACAGAUGAAGAACCAGGAGGAGCUGGAGAAACAGCAGAAAGAGCUGAAGGGCACCGUUAAGCUGGUCAGACUGGAAGUGAAGGACAAAAUGAGGACCGGCUUGAAGGAUCUGAGCCAGUCUCCUCCAGAGUUAUUGGAGGACAGAGACGCUAACCUGGAAGCGAAGGCGAGACUUUGGAGCGACUUGGAAAGCCUGAAGGAAAACUACCCAUUCACUGAAAACAAGGCCAAGAUGCCGUACUGGGAUGAAAAGCUGGACCUCUCUAAAGUCCACAUCACAGAUGAACAGUGGCGUGGAAAGGUACGCCGGGAACAACUGCAACACCACGAGGAUCGUCUCAAGGCUCAACUCCGGCAGUGCAUGUCAAAGCAAGUGGAGGCCUUAAUUAAAGGGAAGCAAGAGACCGAGGGCACCCUUCACAGUCUGAAGAGACAAGUCGAUGCCCUGGACGAGCUGGUCAGCAGCAGCUCUACCGAUUCCUUGUUUCCAUCCUUAAAUUCAUCGGGAUUCACAGAUUUUCUGCGCCAAGAGCCAAGCCUGACGGCAAAGAAUCAGUCCACCAGAUCCCCUUCUCCCUGGACCACUGCAGAUGCUUCAGCCCAGUCUAAAGUGAUUUAUCAGUACAAGACAUAGUUUCAACAAAGAGACAAAGACUGUGCAAAAAUGGGUUUGCGAAGCCCGUGCCAAUUGGAUGUGAAGAUUAUGAAGACUACCUCAUUUAUUUUACAAGUUUAAAGGUCUUUUGAGUCACCUCACCUGGUCCUCAGUUUCCGCAUCUCUACAGCAGAAUUCUGCCGUAGUGAAAGCAACAUCAGGGUGUUUUGUAUUCCUUUGGAGUGGAGGCGAUUCUAGGAAGAGGUGUGUCUUUCGCUUUUUACAUUUCUUUUUAACCACCAUUUAGCAAAGCGGCUUUUUACGGGAUAAACUAUUUUGUGAAUAAAUUUUUUUGUACAAAACA